UUUUUCUCCCUUAUAAAUAAGUUCCGCGCAUCUUCAAAAGCCAUUUGUAUUUAUUUUGUCUACUCUAAUCCUUUUUUUCUUUCUACGCAACCUCUCGUUGUUGUAUCAUCAAGGCAAUAUGGGUCGUCUAAGUCGGACUAUCUACGUCGGAAAUCUUCCUGGUGAUAUUCGGGAGAGAGAAGUAGAAGAUUUGUUUUACAAGUAUUGUGUUGAUAACGCUGCCCCCCCGACCGCCCCUUUCUUCCAUAUGCCAAGUGCUAAUCUUUUGAAUUUUCUUGGUGAUUUCCUGCAGUAUGGUCCCAUUGUGGAAAUUGAUUUGAAAGUUCCACCUAGACCACCUGGUUAUGCGUUCGUAGAGUUUGAAGAUCCUCGUGAUGCUGAUGAUGCCAUCCGUGGGCGUGAUGGCUAUGACUUUGAUGGGCGUCGCUUGCGAGUUGAACUUGCACAUGGUGGGCGAGGAUCAUCAUCAUAUGAUCGCCACAGUAGUUACAGUAGUGGGAGUCGUGGUGGAUUUUCUAGGCGCUCUGACUAUCGCGUACUGGUCUCUGGACUACCAUCUUCUGCUUCAUGGCAAGACUUGAAGGAUCACAUGCGACGAGCUGGAGAUGUCUGCUUCUCUCAAGUUUUCCGAGAUCGUGACGGUAUGAGAGGGAUUGUGGACUAUACCAACUAUGAUGAUAUGAGAUAUGCGAUAAAGAAACUUGAUGACUCUCUGUUUCGCAAUCAAUUCUCUCGAGCAUAUAUUAGGGUGGACAAGUAUGAUAAGAGGCAUAGCUAUUCCAGGAGUCCAAGUCCAUAUUAUUCAAGAAGCAGAAGUUACUCAAGAAGCAGGAGUCCUCGACGAAGCUAUAGCAGCCAGAGCGGAAGUGUAUCUCCUAGGGGUAAAUACUCUCGUCGCUCUGUGUCUGUCUCACCCUCAAGGGAUUUUUCCCCUGCUCGCUCUCAUUCAAGAUCUGGCUUCCGCGGCGAUCUGGGAAUUGCUAUAUAGACAGGUGCUGGUUAAUGGUGCUCAAAUUCAGACAACUCGUUUGGUUGUGGCUGUAACCUGAUUUAGUGGAUGAGCACCUCCGACAAACUAUGGAUGGUAAAUUGCAUUUUAAUAUGUUAUUAAGGUGGAUCUACCUCACAACAAUAUAUCAAGUUGUUUUGGGGCUAAUCCUUUCGUGGAACGCAAUCCAAUAGACAAAUAAAAAUUAUUUUGUUUUUAGAGCGUGGGGCUGGAGCAGGCAUUGUAUUGUUAUGGCUCUCAUAAAUUGGACAUGCAACCUCCAGGAAGUGUGUUGCAAAUGGUUCUUGUUUCAAUGUGUUCCCGUCGGGUGAUUGGUAUUAGAGAUUGCGGCAGCUGUUUGAUAAAUACUAUGAUUGUGGACGUGGAAGUAUAGCAUGGAUUCAUUUGGGAAAGGUCAUUCUGGAACCUUUUGGCCACAGAAUUCUAUUGAUAUUAACUAGAAUUGUUUCUGGGGUU